GGCAUUUCGCGACGGGCCCAGCACGGUCAUACUGCCGCCGUCAGCUGUUUUUGGUUAUGUGAACUACAAAUAUUCAGAGUUUUAAUAAAUAAUGCUGAAAAUAACGAAACUCUGCCUGGCCAGCAGUGCCUCGGCCACAGCACAGCGUAAUAUCGCGAUUUCUGCCUCACGCUGCAUCGAUCAGAAAUGGCGUGCGGACAAGGGAUUGCCGGAAAACCCGAAUGCUUUUGGCCCGCUCACCAACAUGCCUGAUUACACGUUCCUGGACGGCAGAACCACGCCCCUGGGGUCCAACCAGAAGAGACGCCUGCUGAAGCAGCAAGAGAUCGCCUCCAAGAUCGUGGAGCUUACUGGGGAGCUGGAGUUCGCCAAGCAGCGGCACGAGCGUCUUAAGGCACAGGCCGCAGCCGAGAAGCAGCGCAUAAUCCAAAACAAACUGAAGCCCAAGGGUCACCUGCUGCUCAAGCAGAAGUAGAAGCCAACUGCCGGCUGAACCUCCUGCGUAGUUUUACUCGUUGUUGCCUGUGUAUAAGUUAUCAUAAGUCGCUUAGUGAAUGGAGACGAAAUUAUACGAUGGGUCUUGUGAUGUGGACACAUGUUUGCCGAAAA